AGAUAAUAACGAUGCACCACAGACUGGUGAGUAAAAUCAUAAUGAACGCUAUCGUGUAUAGUCUUGGUUUGCCCUAACAAGCUGUUCUCAUUCGCUUUCCCCCUAUGCAUAUUCGCAGGUACCCUUUCAAAUUGUGUUUGCAUCCUUAGAUCCGAGCGAUAAUUUAUGUUCGUCGUAGAUCUCUUUUCAAAGCGAACAGACGGUUUAAAGAUUCCGCGGAAGGUGACAUUCGCUGAUUCAAUACAAACUGUUUGCUAUAUUCUAGUAUUUCGAUAGGGUCAUGCUAUACUCAGGGAAAUGAAUUGCUUUGAAGCCUUGUUGAUCACAUCUCUGGAAUUUGCUUUUCGACAUAUGAACACACCAGAUUCAGCUGCUCCGACAGGGGAUACAGCUGAGUCUCAUGCGCACUGUAGCAUCCGUCUCCCUCCCCUGGUGAAAGCCACCGUGGAAGAACUCGAGCUACAGCGUCAGCAACAACUAGAACAAGAAUUGUCUUCACCAUCAAAUUCCUUCCCCUACGAAUUGUACGAUCUCCUCCAACACGUGGAUAGAAAUGGUCUCGGAAUUUUUAUCUCGUGGACGAUUGAUGGGAAAUCGUUUCGGAUCCACGACCAUGCAUCGUUCGAAAAAACCAUAUUGCCGAUAUACUUCAAAGGAAUGUCUUCCUAUCGAUCCUUUCGUAGGCAACUUAACAAUUAUGGCAUUUACCAAGAUCGUGUGUCGCGGACCUACAGUCACAAGUUUCUUGUGAGGGGGAAACGCAUGUUAUGCAGCAAGAUAGUUCGAGAUAUCAACCACAGAUACAGGCCGAAAGCGAACAUGUCCGGUACAGGAAAAUUACCACGAGAAAAACAGCCAUCCCAAAAUAUCUGCUCUUCCCACUCGCCGUCGAACAAUGCCAAUGACUGCAGCAGCAGUACCAAUAUCAAAAACAGUGACGAUGCUCUUUUUUCCGAGAAUCAAGUUACCGAUCAGACGAUACUCUCUCCGAAUCCCGUCGAUUUUGAAAGCAUCAACCGUAAUAGAAAGAAAAACAACAACUAUCCCAGCAACAGCGACUACGACAAUAAUACGCUUCAAUCGUUCCUAAGGGAUCAAUACUGGGCAAACCUGCCAGGGAAUCUACUCCCGAUAGAUGUGGUCAACGAGAUAAUUGUCACAUUUUCUUCACCUGAACAACAGAGACAACUCACUGCCAGUAGUCGGGCCGAACAGAAAUAGCACAACAGUUGCCGGGCGGAAACGUAGCCCCCUGCUCCUACGAAUGCAACGCUUACUUCGUUAAACGUGAACCUUUGCCCUGUUCUCAAGCCCAUUCUGAUGUAAUCAAACUUUCAAGUCGUUCUCUACAAAAGUUACGGGCCUCGACGAUAGGUACUAAUUGUUUAUAUCUACUUCUAUCGAUCAACUGGGGGUAGACAAAAAUGUUUUGAUCAAGGUACGGGAUAGAAUACCUGAGUGUCACCACAAGUAUGCAGAAGGAAUUUCUGCUAGUGUUGGCAACAUUUUUUGAUCGAAAACUUCUGUGUUUGUGUUUGGACAUGGAAUCUCGCUUGGGCAUCUUUCACAUACGGUAGGUAGUAAUAAUUUUUGUUUCUUCUCAUUCUUCUCAACCGUAUCCAUCGUAGCUUGUACUGUAGUAAUGCUAUUAUUAAAUACCGCGUCUCACACUCCGCCGGCCGAAAUGCAACAUACCGGUACGGUUCGCUGAUUUACCUACUUAUUGAAUCUUAGAAACAAAAAACUGUCGUUCUUUCUCAACAACUUUCCAUAAAGGGUUUGGGGUUGGAGGCCCGAUUGAAAUAAAGAGAAAACAACCAA